GAUUCAAAUAACUAAACCAAAAUUAUCAACUUCAAAGGAGACUAAUCUGGGGAAGAGUUAGAGAGAAAAGGGUCUCUUUGGCAUUCUCUUUCUCUCUCUCUCUCUCUCUCUCUCUCUGUUUGUUUUUUAAUUUUUAUUUUGAGGUUUAUAUUUAUUGGAUGCAAGUCGUUUGCGGUUUGUCACUGUUUAUUUGUACUUGAGUUGCUGAUAUCCAACACCGCUUGAGAUUCAUGGGUGGAUUUGAUGACCAUGUGGCCAUCAUGGGAGAUUGGAUGCCUCCUAGUCCAAGUCCAAGGGCGUUUUUCUCAUCAAUCCUGGGCGAUGAUCUUGGGACAAGGUCAGCUGCUGAGCCUACGAGGGAGAAUAAAACCGGGACCCUUGUUUCAGAGCCCGAAGGUUAUGCUUCAUCGAGAAAUAGUGAUGGGAAAGGUGGUGAUCAAGCGGGUGGCGUGAGUUCGCUUUCUGAGCAGAAAAUAGGUUCUCGUGGUGGUGGUCUCUUAGAAAGAAUGGCAGCUAGGGCUGGAUUCAAUGCCCCACGGCUAAACACAGAGAGCAUUCGAACUGCUGAUCUUUCGCAGAACCAAGAAGUUCGGUCUCCUUACUUGACGAUUCCUCCUGGUCUCAGUCCAACAACUCUGCUAGAUUCUCCUGUUUUCCUCUCGAAUUCACUGGCACAGCCGUCCCCAACAACUGGAAAAUUUCCAUUUCCUUCAUCUGGUGAUAUUCAUAACUCAACGAUGUUUAUGGAGGCUUCCCGUAAAAGCAAAGAGAGUUCUUUCGACAACAAUGAUUCGUCGUCCUUUGCUUUCCAGCCAGUUAUUCAAACCGGUCCUUCCAUCUUUCCCGGCACAUUUGGCAAAGUACCUCCAUCCAAUCUAGCACGGCAAUCCUUUCCCAGUGUAGAGCCUACUCAAGUCUAUGCACAGAAUGGAACAAUUCAACGGUCUGAUUUCUCUAGAUCUUCUACUGAGAAGGAUAACGGGAGUGGUAAUAUCACAUCAGAGCAUUCUCCACCUCCCGAUGAGCUGCCAGAUGAGGAAACUGAUCAAAGAGGAAGCGGAGAUCCCAACUUUCUCGGGGCCCCUGCUGAUGAUGGUUAUAAUUGGAGGAAAUACGGGCAGAAACAAGUAAAAGGAAGUGAGUAUCCCCGGAGUUACUACAAGUGCACGCAUCUAAAUUGCCCAGUCAAGAAGAAAGUGGAGCGCUCUCAAGAGGGUCAUAUUACAGAGAUAAUCUACAAGGGAGCCCACAAUCACCCAAAACCUACGCCUAAUCGCAGAUCAGCGCUCGGAUCCGCAAAUCCACUUGGUGACAUGCAAAUAGAAAAUACUGAACAAGCUGGAACCGGAGGUGAUGGCGAUCCAAUUUGGGCUAAUAUGCAAAAGGGAUCAGGUGCUGGGGAUCCCGAUUGGAGGAAUGACAAUCUUGAGGUAACAACUUCUGCACCUUUGGGCUCGGAAUAUUGCAACGGGUCUUCCUUGCAGGCCCAAAAUGUCACUCAGUUUGAAUCAGGGGAUGCAGUGGAUCGGUCUUGUACUUUUUCAAACGAUGAAGAUGAAGAUGAUCGUGGAACACAUGGAAGUGUAUCACUAGGUUAUGAUGGUGAAGGAGACGAGUCCGAGUCAAAAAGAAGGAAGAUUGAAACUUAUGCAGCAGACAUGAGUGGCGCUACCAGAGCCAUUAGGGAGCCCAGGGUGGUGGUGCAGACUACCAGUGAGGUUGACAUACUUGAUGAUGGGUAUCGCUGGCGUAAGUAUGGACAAAAAGUUGUCAAAGGGAAUCCAAAUCCAAGAAGUUACUACAAGUGCACGAGUGCUGGCUGCACUGUCAGGAAACACGUGGAGAGGGCUUCUCACGAUCUGAAAUCGGUGAUUACCACCUAUGAAGGGAAGCACAACCACGAUGUUCCUGCAGCCCGCAAUAGUAGUCACGUUAAUUCUGGAGUUUCCAACAGCGGGCCCUCCCAAGCAACCGUGCCAAAUCAAACCCAUUUGCAUAGGCCCGAGCCUUCACAGCUUCAGAACACCAUGGCAAGGUUUGAAGGGCCUCUUUCACUCGGUUCAUUUGGGCUGGCCGGGAGGCCGCCACAGCUAGGUGGUACCCCGGGUUUUGGUUUUGGGAUGAACCCACAAGGCUUAACCAAUCUGGCGAUGGCUGGACUGGGCGCUAACCCGGGCAAAUUGCCCGUUCUUCCCGUUCAUCCGUAUCUUGGACAACAGCGCCCGGUUAAUCACAUGAGCUUCAUGCUGUCCAAGGGAGAGCCGAAGAUGGAGCCCGUGUCAGACCCCGGCUUGAACAUCUCCAAUAGCUCGUCGGUUUAUCAACAGGUCAUGAGUAGGUUGCCUCUUGGACCUCAUAUGUAAAUUUACUAACUUUUGCUCUCACAACUCACAAGAGAAGAAAGUAGAAAUGUUUGACUAUAUUCAAUGGGGCAUUUCAUUUUAUUGCAUUAUAUAGUUCAUUCUUUGUUAUACCCUUAAACAAUCAGCACUAUAUAUAAUUGAAAUUGGUGAGCUUUUCCUAAAGGUGUUGCUUGCUACUAUUUGGUUGGCA